ACCAUAUUGCCACUGGCCCAACCCCGACGAUCACGAAGAACGCUCAGGCGUGCGUGAGAAGCUCCUGGUAGAUGGCGGCUACGACGACGACGGCAACGGAUGCAUCGAGCAUCGGCUCCGCCGCUCCGGGAGGCGGAGGUGGACCUGAGGACCGUGUCCUCGCGACGGCGCAGCAGAUCGUGAAGAGUCUGAACACACCGAAGGAGGUUCGCGAAGACAUGCUGCUCAUCUUCUCCAGCUUCGAUAAUCGUUUGUCGAACAUCAAGUCGGUGAUGACGAAGGAAGAGAAGGAUGAGUCCGACGUCGCUUUGGCGCGGUUGGAGGCGGCGGAGAUGCUCAUCCACCGGUGGGACUCCGGCGCAAAUGACUCCUCCCGCCACUCGUCGUCGUCUUCUGGUAACCACCACCAUAACUCUUCCUUGUCUGUGUCGUUCGAGGAAUCGUCGGAGGAAGCCGUGGAGUUUCUCUCCGCCGUUGAUGAGAUUCUGUCUCUGCUUGAGGGUUUUUCUCUGGAAAACAAGCCCGAACUUGUGGAACGAGCCGACAGUUCUUUGCAGCUUGCCAUGUCUCAAUUGGAGGACGAGUUCCGACAUAUCUUGAUCCGCAACACUGUUCCUCUCGACGCGGAGCGGCUCUACGGCUCCAUUCGACGCACUGCCCUGUCUUUUGCAGAUGGUGAUAUCGGUGAGGAAUUUGAGAAUUUUGGGGAGGUUGCUGAUGGAGAAGAAAUCGGGAGUAGAAGGGGGUUGUUCCAUGAGAGGGGAGGGAGCAUAGGAGGUGAUCUGUGGGUAGAUUUGAUCAAUCCGAUUGCAGUUGCAGGGUUGAAGGAGAUUGCGGAACGGAUGAUCCGUUCUGGAUAUGAGAAGGAGUGUGUGCAGGUGUAUAGCACUGUGAGGCGUGAUGCUUUGGAUGAGUGUUUGAUGAUUCUGGGUGUGGAGAAGCUCAGCAUCGAAGAAGUGCAGAAGAUUGAAUGGAAGGUUUUGGAUGAGAAGAUGAAGAAAUGGAUACAAGCUGUGAAGAUUACUGUUAAGGUUCUUCUUGCUGGAGAGAAGAGGCUAUGCGAUGAAAUAUUCAGCAGCUCAGAAUCAAGUAAGGAAAUUUGCUUCAACGAGACAACCAAAGGUUGUGUGAUGCAGCUGUUGAAUUUCGGAGAGGCCGUGGCCAUAGGUAGAAGAUCGUCAGAGAAGCUGUUCAGGAUUUUGGAUAUGUAUGAUGCCUUGGCCAACGUGUUGCAGGCCCUGCAGGUGACGGUUACUGACGAGUUUUUGUGUAACGAAGCCAGGGUGGUUUUGGCAGCACUAGCUGAUGCAGUGAGGGGCACUUUCGUUGCGUUUGAGAACAACGUUCUCUACGAGACCUCGAAGAGACCGACUAUAAAUGGUGAGGUUCAUCCGAUGAUAAGGUACGUGAUGAACUAUGUGAAGUUGAUUGUGGAUUAUGCCGAGACCCUGAAUUCUCUUCUGGAGAACGAUGAGGAUAACGAGUUAGAGGGCAUAUCUGGGGAUGAUGCGAAUAAUUUGCCGGAGAACAUGUCGCCUCUUGCUAAGCGGCUACUGAGGUUGAUUACUUCCCUAGAGCUUAAUCUGGAAGAGAAAUCUAAGUUGUAUGAGGAUGGUGGAUUGCAAUGCAUAUUCUUGAUGAACAAUAUCCUCUACAUAGUACAGAAGGUGAAGGAUUCAGAGCUGGGCAAGCUCUUGGGCGAUGAUUGGGUCAAGAAACGGCGAGGGCAGAUACGUCAAUACGCUACUGGUUACCUCAGGGCAUCAUGGAGCAGAGUGCUGUCUUCUUUGAGGGAAGAAUCCGGGAGCUCGAGUAAUAGCCCGAGUUACAGGCUAAGAAGCAGUAGUUCGAGUAACGCAUUGGCCUUGAAGGAGAGAUUCAAAGCAUUCAAUGCGAGCUUUGAAGAGUUGUACAGGGUUCAAACAGCUUGGAAGGUCCCGGAUCCUCAACUCCGGGAAGAAUUGAGGAUAUCUAUAUCGGAGAAAGUGAUUCCGGCAUACCGGGCAUUCUUCGGGAGGAAUAAGAGUCAGCUAGAAGGCGGAAGGCAUGCUGGAAAGUACAUCAAGUACACACCAGAUGACCUGGAGGGUUACUUGUUAGAUCUAUUCGAAGGAAGUCAAACAGUGAUUCACCACCCGAGGAGGAAAAGCUCUUGAGGUAAGAAUCAUACAUCCUCGUCGAGACUUUUUUUUAUCUUCCUGUGGAAACACAGGACUGCCUGUUUAAUGCCCAUCACAGUGACCAUCUUUCUAUAGUUGCAGGGUCAUAUAAAGUUAUAUUAUGUCAAAAGAAAAAAAUCAUAUGUACAUGUUCGUAUUACUAUCGUGUUUUCAAGCAUGGGUUUUUAUAUAUUUCACAGAUGCUACCAAGAGUAUUAAGACAGCACAGCUUUGGUGUUGCAUUAAUUCGA